AUGACGGAUCCAACCGCGACCGCCGAGCCGUCUCUCAAGCGCGCGCAUGAUGAUGAUGAUCAUCAGUCUCCCGUGCCCUCCUCGUCGCAUCUCGAAGACGCUUCGAGCUCUACCAACAUACUCUCAUCCGAAGUCGAUGCGCAAAAGCGCCCACGGCUGCCCAUAACUACCGACGACACGAAGUCAGAGUCACCAUCUCCUGGCGCCAACGAGGUCACUAUCCUACCUGGGCUCGUGCUACCGCUCAACGAGGAGGUCCUCAGGACGUUCUUCCAGUACUCGCACGAUCGGCACGACGUCUUCCUGAAACGCAAAGAGGGCAAGCCACAGGAAGAGUGGACCGACGAUCCCGUCUUCAAGUCCACCAAGUUCGCCAAUGUCUAUCGCGUGCUCGACCGCUUGACGCAAUAUGUGCUCACGCGCGUCGUGCAAGACGGCCCGCAGCAGCUCGAAGAAGUCUGCUUUCGUGUGCUGCUCUUUCGCUCGUUCGCGCGCAUCAGCACCUACGAGGUCAUUCGCGCCGCACUCGGAGGCCCUCCGACGCUGGCCAACUUCUCGCCCACCGCCUACGAAAACUUCCUCAUGCCUCACAUCAGCGCUGGCAACCCCGUUUACGGCAGCUCCUACUUCAUCCCAGCGCCGAGAGAGUUUAGGACCAAGUACCCGUAUCAGUCGACACUGCGCCUCGUCCACCUCAUGAUGCGCACAGGGCUGCCGAGGCGACUCGCAGACUUGCACCACAUGCGCGAUGCUCAUGCACUGCUGACAUCAUUCCCGAGCUUAGGACCCUUCCUGGCCAUGCAGCUGCUGCUCGAUCUCAAUCUCUCGGAUCACUUUGACUUUAGCGAGGAGGAGUUUGCGGCAUGCGGGCCCGGCUCCAAGCAGUGUCUCGUGGACAUCUUUGGCAAGUACGUCUCGGGCUUCGAGCUGGAAGCGAUGCGCUGGAUCCAGAAGGAGCAGGAGCACUACUGGGCCAAGUACGGCAUCACGGACGUGCCGCAUCUGUGUCCUGCGCGCAAGCCGGGCCUCAACGUCGUAGACAUCGAGCACACGCUGUGCGAGGUGUUCAAGUACCGCCGCGCCCGAGGGCGCAUGGAGGCGCCACCCCGCAACGUGCGCGGAUCCAAGCGCGGGCGCCGCGGACGUGGAGCUGCUCGCGCCACGCCUGUGGCUGCAUAUCCAGCCCGCGGAAUCAAGCAGGAGGACGAAGACGGGCUCGACGGGCUCGACUUUGAGCGCAUCCGCAGCAACGGCUCCAAGACCUCGGGGCAGGAGAAAGUCAAGAGCUUCGUGCCGACGGGCGACGCGGUGACUGGACAUCUGCCGGCCAAGUGGCUCGUGCCGCGUGCGCCCGAGGAGUACGAGCGUCCACCGCCCGUCGACCGCAGCGAGGACGUGUACGAGGUGUCGCACAUUGUCGCCAUGACACCCACGCAGUCCAAGUGCCUGGUGCGCUGGAAGGGCUUCGGCCCCGACGACGACACGUGGGAGUAUUUCGACGAGCUGGUCAACGGGGGCGCCAAGGAGGCGGUGGAGGAGUACCUCAAGUGGCUCCGCACCGUCAAGGACGAGAUCGAAGCCAUGCUGGACGAGGAGAAGAGCAAUCGCGAGGCGCUCGAGAAGAUGCCGGCCGCUAGCCUGAUGAGCAGCGCUACCAAGGCGUCGCCGGAACCGCAUGGGUUUGGCACGCGACCGGCACUGCCGUUUGCCAACAUGCCGCUUGCACUGCCUUUCUGA